UGCUAUGUAAUCAAUUUUUUUUUACAAUGUUAAUUUCUCCACAAAAUGUUAUUGAGAAACUGAUUUAAACCAGUAGAAAGAGCAUAUCUGGUGUGAGUUAACCAAACCCCUCGGUGAUCGUUUAGUCGAGUCUUUUGUCGGGUCAGAGUUCAGUCUGCGCGCCUCACAGCGACUGUUGAGGACAAGGAACAGUUCCAUGACAAACAAAAAGUUACACACCGACCAGUGUCUAGGGUGUUUAUCUAAAACAGCACCUUAAAACUACAAAAGAAAAGCAGCUGUUGUAGUUUCUCGUUGGGGAGCUCGUUGAUUGUUGUUAGAGUAUCGGUUAGCUCGGCUAGCCUCGUUAGCCACUUUAGCUGGCUGAUGAAGAAGUCACUAGCUAACUAGCUCAACUUAAAGCUAGCUAACAGAAACGGGCAUUUCUCUGACAGCCGCGCGGCAAACAAACGCAUGCAGAUAUGCAGGAGCUACUGGCAAACGUGGAUCACAUCAAGUUCGACUUGGAGAUCGCUGUGGAGCAGCAGCUGGGAGCACAGCCUCUGCCUUUCCCCGGCAUGGACAAAUCCGGCUCAGCUGUGUGUGAGUUCUUCAUGAGAGCAGCUUGUCUGAAAGGGGGGAUGUGUCCAUUCCGUCACAUUAGUGGAGAGAAGACGGUGGUGUGUAAGCACUGGCUCCGAGGUCUGUGUAAGAAGGGAGACCAGUGCGAGUUUCUCCAUGAAUACGACAUGACCAAGAUGCCUGAAUGCUACUUCUACUCAAAGUUUGGUGAGUGUAGCAACAAGGAAUGUCCAUUCCUGCACAUCGAUCCAGAGUCAAAGAUCAAAGACUGUCCUUGGUAUGACCGAGGCUUCUGCAAACACGGUCCCGACUGCAGACACAGACACACGAGAAGGGUGAUCUGUGUGAAUUACCUGGUGGGCUUCUGUCCAGAAGGAAAAUCCUGUAAAUUUAUGCACCCUCGUUUUGAAUUGCCAAUGGGAGCUUCUGAACAGCCUCCUCUACCACAGCAAACCCAGAACCAGACAAAGCCUGUGCCUACCAUCGGCCGUUCGUCGCUCUCUCUAAUCCAGUUGACCAACUCCAGUCCCGGCCAGCGGCCGCAGAACAAUACAGCAAUGGGUGCUGCUCAGCAAAAUAACCUGACCACCAACAGAGGGCCUCGUCCACUGGACCAGGUCACCUGCUACAAGUGUGGUGAGAAGGGCCACUAUGCCAACAAAUGCACUAAAGGCCAUCUUGCCUUCCUGAGCGGACAGUAAUCCUCAGCCUCGAGGUCCAGAAACCACAGUGCUGCAGCUCGCUCCCCUGAUGGGAGCAGAGGAGAUGAGAGGAAGCCCCUCUGCUCCACAGGCUAAAGUUGAACUUAAAGACUUUUUUUUUUGCCUCUUACAAACUGUGGAUACAUGAAAAUGACAUGGAACAGAAACGAUACUGAGGUCACACCGGUGUGGCUCUGGUUGAAUGACGUGACUGUGAAGAAGGAGGCAUUUAAAUAGACAUCACACCCAGGGUCCAGCCUGCAGCAAGUAUCUCCACAGAGGUGCAGUGCUGUAACAUGGUGCUGAUACUUGUUUCCUUGGGUCACAUGACUGCAUCUUUGAUACCAGACCGAUGCUUCUAGCCUGCCAAUUCAAGUACAUCUGUCUGACAAUAUUAAUUUAAAAAAUAACAAAAAAAAAGUGAAAAUGCUAGCAGGAAUGUCAAUUAAGGCUUUUUGUACUCAAACUGUGAUUAGAGCCCAAAUCUACCCUGUAUCACUACCUGAAAUCUAUUUACUACACACAAUGCCUCAAAUUUUACUUUUACUGUAACUACAUAAUUGUGGUUUUUUGCAAACAUUUAAAAUCCUGGAGAUAUUUACCAUUAUAUGUGGAGGCCCUGUGUUAUUAGAUCUGAACACACAGGUCAUUCAGAUUUUAACUAAGAAAAGUGUGGGGUAAAGAACUUUGGUUCAGCUCAAAUUGUAUCUGAGCAUGAUUUUCAUUGUUUUGACAGUCAGUUGACACAGUCUGAACAUAUUCUUACAAUCUAUACAGUGUGCGCAAAUAAAUGUUCUUGUUACAGAUUUA